AUGAAUUCCUCCAGUAGCCGCCGUCCAGGCCAGAGUUCUCGAGGACAUCGAUUGUCCAAGAAGCCAAAGAUGAGCGACGACGAAUGGAAUCAGUCUGUUGCGAAAUUCCAAAAGAUCGUCGACAGCGAGGCGUCCGAUGAUCGUUCAAUACAAGUGGCCUGGGACACCCUGCGACAAGACUAUAGGAACAAGUUCAACGCGAAGGUGUCUCCUCACGCUACGCAACAGAACGAAGAGCCUUUUGGUCUUUGGGCUGCGGAGAAUCUAAGCGGACAUACACUGGAUCGAGUGCUUUGCCUGGUAUUUCGAAAAGAAUUGGCCGAGUGCAACCACAUAACUCUUCUAAGAAGUACUGCUGCGAAAGCAAACAUCACAGUAGGGCAUAUCCUGCUUUACUUUGGCGCAUCCAUGUUCUCUGAGUCACUUCUCGGUCACGUUAGAAAGCGAAUUCGCGUGUUUGGCAAAGACCCUGUGAGCGGAUCCUCGGCUUUCAAAAACGCCUAUCUGAAAGUGCUUCGGGCUACAGCACAACGUACCAAGGUGGCCUUGGAUACAACCUCCAUUGCUGCUCCCAAUCCAGGCCGCAUUUUUUCUAGUCCUGACCUGACCACUAUGGCCUCUGCUAACCCCGAGUUUGACCCUCCUUCUAUGCGGAGACCGGGCAGCGCCAUUGGCAGCUCUCAGGUGCAGGGACAGGGAGCGAAAUACUUGGCAUCCGUCCUCGCCAGGGACGCGUUCGAGUCCAGCAGCAUGGAUAUACGGAAUCAAAACAAGAAGUCGAGUGGCAGUUCCAGCAUCCUGGGACGGGAAGAUGGCUUGCUCCUUACCUCCACCGGUGGCGAGGUCAUCAAACCAUCUAUUGAGUCUAAUACACAAGACCGUCAACCUGGUCGUGCUAGCCACAUUUCCACUGGAUCACGUUUCCAUCGCGCCGAGUCCGAGGGUCAGCGUAGCUACCUUCCUUCUGUCGCUCCAAUGCCGCGACCGAUUAUAGGUGGACACACUAGCACUCGUCGGAAUCCGCCACGUAAGGGUAGGCCGAGUCCAUAUUAUGCUGCGAUUGCCCCGACCAAUGCUGGCGAUGUAUUGGGUGAUGAUGAUGAGAACGCCGUUGAAAACGGAAUCAAGGCCGAAACUUCUGCAAAAUCGCAACUCAAUAGGUCUGUCGAUGAGGACUCGCAGACCAGGGUGGGCUCCACCAUCCACUGUGCUCAGGAAACGCUUCAAGCCACAUCGAAGCGGCCCCUUCAUGUAGAGGAAGAUGAGGCCAACACAACGGGCGAAACCGGGACCAAGCGUUUGAACAAGCGUGCUACGCGGAGUGAUCUUCUGGACCAGGAGCGGGACUGGGAUGAUGAGACGGUCCUCAUCAUCCUCAAACAGCUUGAGGCUACGUGCCGUGCUGACUACAUUGUGGUCGACGGCAUGAGAGACGGCAAUACGAGGACGCAACCCCAAAUUACCGGAGAAGCUGGGAAGAGAGGCUCGCUGCUCGUGCCCCUGAAGCUUGCGGACGGACAACGCUUACUGGCGGUUGUGGACCUCGACCCCCCAGGAAAGCCGGGAAAAGGUGUGAUGCGAUACUACGAUCCUGGUGGGCCUCCGGAUGAGGAUGCAGUGGCGAAGUACAUUCCAGCAAUGAAGCUCAUACUGCUGUUAACUCGCGUCCUGCCUGGCCGAGAUCACGAUCCGGCCCUUUGGAAAUCAGAAUACUGUGUCUGCCCUGAGCUCUCCUGUGAGAAAGAUAUGGGCCUAUCCAUAUGUCUGGAAGCCAUGUACGCAGUCGGUGGCCGCCCUCUCCCCGAUACGCUGGACUGGGUAUUCUGGAACCACCUGUUGCUUGGGGCUUUCUUUCCAGAUGACAAAGCUGUGCAGAUGCGGGUUGCACACUACCGAUACAGUACAGUCCACAAGCUCAUCCGUCAGGGACAGAUGUCAGAUGCAGCACUUGUGCCCCAGGGAAGACUGGUUUCCUCGGACAUUGAGUAUCUGGGAACCGCAGCUAUGAACCCUGUUGAUCGGAUUGAAUGCCGAGCAGACAACACAAAGAAAAUUCUGGGAGUCAUCCACGAGGGCUGCAGGGUCUUUCACAACCUCCAAGAGCAACUCGACAUUGGAAAGGCUGACCUCAAGACCAGGCUCGACAAGAGCAUACACAUUCGAGAUAGCCUGCGUCACAAACUCAACAUUGGUGACAAGAUUGUGCUCGGGGCACCCCCUACGAAGAUAGAGGAUGACGAUGAGACUGCAGAGUCCUUUAACAGAAUAACUCUGCAGCAAGCCAUCGAAGAGCACAGCUUUUGCAAGACUCAGCUUGAGAAAAUUACAGCCAGUACCGACUCCAUCCGCAACGCUCUCCAUGAGCUGGCUAUUUGGCGUCGUGAGGUGAACGCAGCCGUAUUGGAAGAUGAUGCGAGUCUCUCAAACAAGCAUGCAGGUUAA